UUUUGAAAUGUGACUUACAAAUAUAUCAAAAGUGAAAUUGAACAAUUUCAAUGAAAAUUUGAAAAUUUAAACAAAUACAAAGCUUUGAGCUUUAUAAAACUACGAAUCUAUUUGCUAAAAUAUAUUUGGGAAUAUCUGAACACAAGGAAUAAUGGCGUAUAUGAGUUUAAAUCAAUAUUUGCAGCAAAUCGACGAACAUUUACAAUCUGGAAUGGGACAGCAAGCAAUGGAACUUUUAUCUUGUCAACAUCUUCAUAUGGUCAGUCCACACCUCCAGUUAGAAAACCCUGAAAAUAUAGUACAGAAAAUUGUAGAAGAACCAUGGAAUGAUAUAGUCUCAUUUCAUCUCAGAUGUAUUACAGCAAUCAAUAAUCAUGAUUUUGUAGAAGCUUACAAAUUUCAAUCAAGUCUUGUUCAAACAUUUAUAAAAAUUCUACAAAGCCAGAAAGAUGAAAAUUGGGCCCUACCAGUUAUGUAUAGAGUGUGCUUAGAUCUUAGAUUGAUUGCAACAAGUGCAGAUUUACAAUUAGCUAAAAAAGGAAAAGGUAAACCAGGUGAAACACUUGAAAAAGCUGCUGAAUUAUUAAUGGGUUGUUUCAGAGUAUGUGCUAGUGAUAAUCGUUCAUCUCAAGAAGAUUCCAAGCGAUGGGGAAUGUUAACUCUAGUAAAUCAGUUAUUCAAAAUAUAUUUUAAAGUAGCUGAAGAUUAUCUUUCAUAUGCAUUUAAAAAUUGCAGUAAUCAAUCACCAAGAAAUAAGAGACUUACUCUUAUUUAUUUAAUACCUGUCAAAAUGUUGCUGGGCCAGAUGCCAAAAAUUGAAUUGCUUCAAAAACAUGAUCUGAUGCAGUUCAGUGAUGUUGUUAAAGCUGUUGUAGAAGGUAAUUUAUUAAAGUUGAAUGAAACACUCUUAUUGCAUGAAUCAUUUUUCAUUAAAUGUGGAAUAUAUUUAAUAUUGGAGAAGUUGAAAAUUAUCACUUAUCGAAAUCUUUUCAAAAAAGUAUAUUUGUUAAUGAAAACUCAUCAAAUCCCCAUUGAAGCAUUUUUGGUUGCAUUAAAAUUUAUGAAAGUUGAAGAUAUUGAUCUAGAUGAAGUACACUGUAUAUUAGCUAAUUUGAUUUUUGAAGGAAAGAUAAAAGGAUACAUUUCGUACCAGCACAAGAAACUUGUGGUCAGCAAGCAGAAUGCUUUUCCUCCUCUGUCCUCCUUGACUUAAAUAUCAUUUAUAUUAAUGUAGCAUGCAAUUUUUGUAUGAUAAAUAAAAUUCUUAAAAAGAUAA